UUAACUUACGACCUUGUGAUUUAAAUACAGUAGCGACUGCUCUGAGUGUAACUGAUUGCUAGCUGUUUUUACCGUUAACCGGUAAUUAAAAUGGUUCUACGUUUUCUGGUGAUUUUGUGCAUCCCUGCGGCGCUGCUGUCAGUGACCUUCACAGCCGCGAAACGCCGUCCCGCAGACGUGCGGCCGGGGAUAUCUACUGAUUUUGUGCUAGUUGUCACUUCGGCUGAUAAGGAUCACGUGAAAAUCCUCUACGAGAGGAAGGGAUUCCGGUUUGCCCACGUGUACAGCUUCAAGUGGAAAAAGGGUGGUAUUUUGCCAGACUACUAUGGUUUCAUAUUCCAGUGCAUUCAGUGCAAGGAGAGCAAAAUUAAAAGUCUGGUUAGCACGAUGGAGAAAGAUGAUACCCAUCCUUUUCUAAAGGAUCCUCCGACGGAAGCCUAUUUUAUUCCCGGAAAACAUUUCGUGGAUCUUCCCAAUAGUGUGGAUCUGCGAGACAAAAUCGUUGCUGCGAAUGAGCUGUGGUCGUCCAGCGUUAAAUAUUUGGACUGCAAGAAAUUCUAUACUGAUGUAUCGGAAUGUCCUAUUACGAAACUGACAAAGAACGCAACAGAAGUGUUCGGUAACUUUUCGGCAUACUCCUUGCCAAAAAAAUCCUCAUCCAAAGGAAUAAAAAAGAUUUCCGAGUUUUUCGAGAAAUAGGCCGAUGACUUAUUAUCUAGAAAGUGUCCUGGUCCACUCUGUUCCCUACAAGAACCUAAUCUGUAGCUUUCGCUAAUCGCUUAUCAUCAGCUCCUAGCCUCCUGUUAUUAUUCCUUAAUUGUCCGGUAACGAGAAGGUGUGCACGUCUAUACUAACAAACCUGUCCAGCGGCGGUUUUCGUUUAGUGUGUUGGUGCAAUCCUGUGCCUUUAUAAUAGAUUCAUUUCUCAUUUAAAAUAAUAUUGCUCAUGCUCCA